CGGUCGCAACCAAAUAAGUGUAUCCACUGAGGUGUGAGUAGGGAGGCAGGUGUACGUGGUGCCUCAAACUAGCGUUGUAUUAUAAAUAAGAGCACUAAAACUAAAAUAUUUUUAUAAUUAAGAAACAAGUUGACCUAAUUAAUUACGCAAUAUCCUGCGUGGAAAGCACUUUUACUGUAAAAUAUCGACAAAAUGUCUUGUGCGACGUCUACCCUGAAAUUUUUAGCCUUUUUAAUGAAUAUACUUUGCUGUAUAGCAGGCGCGUUUAUGCUUUCAGCUAGCGCAUACUCCUUAGUCCAAUUCAAUGCCAGCGAAUCAAUUAAGCUGCCCUGCAUACUGGGCGUCGUUUUGGGCGGUUUGCUCUUCAUCACCACAAUAGUGGGUUGCUGCGGCACAAUACGCGAGUCGCCACGCACUAUUUUGAUCUAUGCCAUAUUCUUGCUGCUUCUGCUGGGCGCUCAAAUUGCUGUUAUCUUUUUGCUGCCGAUAAACUUCCACAAAUUAGCCGAGGAAACAAUAAAGAACGCUUGGAAUCGCCAGUUGAGUGAUGAUAGCAUGGAUAAUUAUCAAAUUAGGUACGAUUGCUGUGGUAUGAAUGGACCCAAUGAUUACAUCGACAGUGGUCUCAGCAUACCGCCAAGCUGUUAUCUUAACCGCAAGUCGUCUAUUGCAAAUGAUCUCUAUACUUCCGGUUGUGUUGCCAAGUUAACACAAGCCUUUGAAAUGGGUUCGCGCAUUGAAGUGAUCAGUGAUUGGACAUUGGUGGGAGUGGAGGGCGCAACAAUUAUUGUCGCCUGCGUUUUGGGCAUCAGCUUCAAAAAUAUGGAAAGAAGACGAUACUAUUAGUAUGAAUACAAUUUUGUUACUACUUAUGUAUUUAUUUGUUGUUGACAGUAUUUCAAAUUAGCAGUUUUAUAUGUACAUAUAUUUUAUUUACACAUAAUUACUACAUAUGUAUAUGUAUGUAUUUAAAUUAUUAUUAGAUUCUAACUAUUGCGAAGCAUUAAAAAUAAAUAUUAAGUUAUUGUGAGGUAGGUAUGUAUGUAUGUAUGUAGAUAAAUAUAUAUGUAAUACCGGAUCUAUGGAAGGACAUAUGUACGCCCGAUCACUAGAAACUAGGUUUAAUACAUCUUUUUUUUUUAAGAAAAUAUGCUUUAACGAAAACCAUAUAACUUAAAGUUUUACACUUAGUACAAUAUUUAUAAAAAUUCGACGCAGUUCCAAAAAUUGUAAUCAAAAUUUCAGACUUUUAAAUUGGAAUUUCUGGAAUUCGAAUUUCUUUUAUUAGCGGUGUUGCUCAUUAUCUCCGAUACAAAAAAUUUGGAACAUACACACUUUUUAUGGAAGAAAGCGCUUAACAAAGUCAACGAAGAAAGCUUUCAAAAAUCAAUGAAAUUUUUUAGCUAACUCAAACUUGCACCACCCGACCAAGAAACGUAUAUUAAAGGAUGUUACACUGAAAGUAAAAUCUGCGUAAAUAUAACGAAAACUUGCGUACAUUUUACGGAAGUUUUCGUCAUUUUGAGCCACGAAAGUUUUCGUUGUUUGUACAAAACCGUUUUCGUACAUACUACGAAAAUAUGAGACAUCAGAUCUUAGUACAUUUUACGAACGUAUUCGUACUAUUUACGAAUGAAUUUCGUACUAUUUACUAAAGAAUUUCAUACUAUUUCUUUAUUUUUUUACGAAAUUUUUGUAAAAUGCACGAAAAUAAUUCGUAUAUUUAACGAAAUUAUUUUCCUAAAAUCUGCGGUUGUUUCCUAGAACUUCCGAUUGCUUACAUUCACCACACUGUAAAAAGCAUAAAACGAAUUAAAGCACAACACUUUUAUUUUUGUUUUUAUUCUUAAUUUUAAGCAUUUUUCUUUAACAAAACGUUUUGCAAUGUGUUUAUGUGGAGGUACUUGGCAGAUUCGCAGCUUCUACGAUGUUUGUUUCCUUUCUCGACUAUAAAUUAUAAGGCGUGAAAAAGAAAG